GUCCUCGCAGGUAGCUUCCUGGUCCACGUCGAGGAGAUAAUUUUUCCCGUUUUUGUAGUUUGUCACGCAAUGACACUUGUUUAUUUGUACCUAUACGACACUGCGAUCACUUGUUCAUCACUUCAGCUUCAGCGAUAGCUCGGUGGCCGAGGACGUUUUUGACAUUUGGACGUCGUUUUAAACGCCCCUCUUCAAACUUCUCCUAAUAACCCAUACAGUGAUCCCCCGUUCAUCAUGGGAGUUACCUUCCAGACCCACAUGCGAUAGCACGCAAAAUGUCCUGGUUUGCCGAGAUUGCCGGCAAAGCCGAAAACUUCCUGAAUCAAGUCGACCAGGGUGCUGCCACCGCCUUGAGCAAGAGUCAGACCAAUACAUCGUCCCUCAGGUCCUACUACGACGGAGACGGCGCGGCGGUCCUUCCUGAAUGCGAGGCGGAGACCAACGCCACUUCUCACCAUGCGUCAAGCUUUAUCUCUUCAGCAGCAGGCAACAUCAAGAAGUCUGUGUCUGCUCCUGUGACCGCUUCUGUGCACAAUCAAGCACCGGGCAGAACUUCCAAGGCCCCCACCUCUGCCUCCUCAUCUUCCUCCUCUGGCUUUGUGAAGCGCAAAAAGAGUGCUCACGAUGUGGACGACGAUAUGCUCUUUGACUUUUUGAACAGCUCGGAGCCGCCAGUCAGUGCCCGCCGCGACCCCAGAAGGGAUGCUAGCGUCAAAGUGGCGGUCGCAGAGGCUAAAAAGCCGGCUCCGACUCCUCCGACCGCCGAAUCGUCGCUCCCGUCCACGCCGCCCUCGACAUGCGCCGUGUCCCGGGCGUCCAGCCUCGGCUCGCUGUCUGCUCACAGCAUGAAACCAUCAGAGGAGAGCUCCACGAACGAGCAAAGCCACGCCAGUCCAGACUCAGCUGAGACUUGCGACUCGGGCUUGGCUGCCCCUCAGGAGUCCAGCCGACCGGAGUUAUGUGGUCCCCCAGAGGAGCCACAGGGUCAGGUUCUGUCCAGCCUGCGUCUGGAGAACCAACUCCUGCGUAGUGAGGUGGCCUCACUCAACCAGGAGAUGGCCUCGGUUAUCCAGAGAUCAAAGGACAUGCAAGAAGAACUGAGCCACGCUCGGCUACGCGCCGACAAACGGAACGCAGAGCAGUCUCAGAGCGACCGUGCGUUGCGUGGCCUGCGCUCGCAGGUGGAUGACUUGAACGAGGCGCUGGCCGCCAAAGACGGACAGCUCGCUGUGCUCAAGGUUCGACUAGACGAGGCCGACCAGCUCCUGAGGAGCCGCAGCGUGGCGCUAGAGGAGGCGCAGAAGGAAAAGUCCAGGAUCUUGGAGGACCACACGGAAGGUAGCAGCAUGCACUCCCAAGCUCUGGAGAGCAUGUACGACAGGUUGCGACAAGCCGAGCAGGCCGUCAGGAGGGAAGAGGACCACUAUCGACAAAUGCAGAGCGAAUACACCGGCCGCCAGUCGCGGCUGGAGUGCGAGCGUCAGAGCCUGGCUGAGGCGUUGACUGUGGCGGAGAUGCGCGCCGUGGAGGAGAAGCUCCGCGUGGACAACCUCCAGCAGCAGCUGAGGAGCGCCAAGGCUACCGCUGAGGCCGCCAAGGACGAGCUGCAGGACUACAAGCACAAGGCGUCGCGCAUCCUACAAUCCAAAGAGAAGCUGAUCAGCAGCCUGAAGGAGGGCUCCGGUUUGGACACGCUAGACGGCAGCGGCGCGGCGGCUCUGGAGAUGGAGGAGCUGCGCCACGAGAACGAGCUGCAGAGGGAGGAGAUCCAGAAGCUGCAAGUCCAAGUGCACUCUCUCCGGACUGAAUUACAAGAUUUGGAGAGCCAGUCCCUCGCUGAGGCGGAAACGUGGCGGCAGCAGACGGCGCAGUUUGAGGAACAGCAGGCGGCGCUGAGCCGCGUCAAACAGGAGCUGGAAGCCGAAGUGGAGCGGCACAAGCAGGAACUGCAGUAUGUGGAGGAAGAGCACAACCACGCCAAAACCACCCUGCAGACCCGAGUCAAAGACAGAGAAGAUGAAAUUCAGAAACUCAGGAAUCAGUUGACCAACAAGACGCUGAGCAGCAGCAGCCAAACGGAAUUGGAGAACCGCCUGCACCAGCUGACUGAGACGCUGAUCCAGAAGCAGACCAUGCUGGAGGCUCUGGGCACGGAGAAAAGCUCACUUGUCUUCCAGCUGGAGCGCCUGGAGCAGCAGCUGAAGAACACCCAGGGGGGUCCGAGCACUGGAGGACCCGCCAUCAACAUGAGCGGCGUGGAGGGGCCGGGGGCCAGACAGAGGAACAUUCCGGUGCUUUUCAACAAUGAAGAGAGUCCUGGUAUGUAUGGGAAAGUGCAAAAGGCAGCCAGCACCAUUGACCGCUUCAGCAUCAGAUUGGGGAUCUUCUUGAGACGCUACCCCAUGGCCAGGGUUUUUGUCAUCUUGUACAUGGCGGUACUACAUCUCUGGGUGAUGAUUGUGCUCCUGACCUACUCUCCGGAAAUGCACCAUGGCCGUCCUGACGGAAGCUAGAUGAAAAUGUCACUGGCUGCUGAACUGCGGGGGCUCUGGGAUCUGACUUUUUUUUUUAUUAAAAUUUUUUGCACAUACAGACACUUGCUGAUUUAUUCAUUCUCCCAUUACUCAACUGACAACGGCAUUACGUUUUAUACAAAAUUGCUGAGAGGUAUUCAAGUUUUGUCUCAUGAACGGUAAUUGGGAUAAAAGCUCCCCGGUAGCUGUUCUUCCUCCCCUGCUUUCAUUGUCUUUAGAGAUUGUAUUUAACAAUGUAAAAAGAUUAUUUUAAUAAAUGAC